AGAGGAGAGGACGGGAGCCUUGUCCGGGUGGAGGAAGCUCAGAAGUGGUGCCCAGCGGCCGCCCAGGUCUCCUGGAAGGGCCUGCUCCCCAUCUCUCCAAGGAUGGUUCUCCAGGACACGUUCUGCUUCCCUCUGGGGCUCCUGCUUGGUUCUUUCCUCCUGGUGGCCUCUGUCCCGGCCACUCUUGAGCCUCAUGGCUGCAGCGACAAGGAGCCACAGGUCACCAUCAGCCACAUCUACAAGAUUGACGUGCCCAAGCCCGCUGUGGUCCAGGUGGAGGCCGACCCUCAGCCCCUCAGUGAGGGUGGGGCCUCGCCCCUGGCCCAGGGGGAGGCUGAGGAACAGAAUAUCAUCUUGAGACACAGCAUCCGCCUGCAGACGCCACAGAAGGACUGUGAGCUGGCAGACAGCGUCCAGGACCUCCUGACCCGGGUAAAGAAGCUGGAGGAAGAGAUGGCAGAGGUGAAGGAGCAGUGUCACGUCCAGCGUUGCUGCCCAGGCGCUGCCGGUCUGAGCCGCCCCUGCAGCGGCCAUGGAACCUUCUCGCCCGAGACCUGCAGCUGCCGCUGCGAGCAGGGCUGGGAGGGCGCUGACUGCGGGCAGCCCGCCUGCCCCGCGGCGUGUAGCGGACACGGGCGCUGCGAGGACGGCCGCUGCCUGUGCGACGAGCCCUACGUGGGGGCCGACUGCGCCCACCCUGCCUGCCCCGGGAACUGCAGCGGCCAGGGCGUGUGCGUGCGUGGCGUCUGCCGGUGCCACGAAGACUUCACGUCCGAGGACUGCAGCGAGCGGCGCUGUCCCAGCGACUGCAGCGGCCACGGCUUCUGCGACACGGGCGAGUGUUACUGCGAGGAGGGCUUCACCGGCUUCGACUGCGCCCAGGUGGUCGCCCCCCAGGGCCUACAGCUGCUCAGGAGCACAGAGAGCUCCCUGCUGGUGAGCUGGGAGCCCUCCAGCGAGGUGGACCACUACCUGCUCAGCUACUACCCACUGGGGCAGGAGCUGUCUGGGCAACAGAUCCAGGUGCCCAGGGAGCAGCACAGCUAUGAGAUCCUCGGUUUGCUGCCUGGAACCAAGUACGUAGUCACCCUACGCAAUGUGAAGAAAGAGGUUUCCAGCGGCGCACAGCAUCUACUCGCCACCACAGAUCUUGCUGUGCUUGGCACCGCUUGGGUGACAGACGAGACGGAGAACUCCCUGGACGUGGAGUGGGAGAACCCCCAGACCGCGGUGGACUACUACAAGCUGCGGUACAGCCCCCUGACAGGGCAGGAGGUAGCCGAGGUCACCGUGCCCAAAAGCAGUGACCCCAAGAGCCGAUAUGACAUCACCGGUCUGCAGCCCGGGACGGAGUACAAGAUCACAGUUGUCCCCGUGAGAGGAGAUGUGGAGGGCACGCCCAUCAUCCUGAACGGCAGGACAGAAAUUGAUAGCCCCACCAAUGUGCUCACUGAUCGAGUGACAGAAGACACGGCGGUGGUGUCCUGGGACCCCGUCCAGGCUGUCAUAGACAAGUACAUGGUGCGCUACACCACCGCGGAUGGGGAGACCAAGGACACGGCAGUGCCCAGGGAGCAGAACAGCACCGUCCUGACGGGCCUGAAGCCGGGAGAGGCGUACAGAGUCUACGUGUGGGCCGAGAGGGGCCACCAGGAGAGCAAGAAGGCGGGCACCAAGGCCCUCACAGAAAUCGACAGCCCCAGAAACCUGGUGACCGACCGGGUGACAGAGACCACGGCCACCGUCUCCUGGGACCCGGUGCAGGCCGUGAUUGACAGAUACAUGGUGCGCUACACCUCCCCCGAUGGAGACACCAGGGAGGUUCCCGUGGGGAAGGAGCAGAGCAGCACCGUCCUGACGGGCCUGAGGCCGGGCGUGGAGUACACGGUCCACGUGUGGGCCGAGAAGGGGGACCGGGAGAGCAGGAAGGCCGACACCAAGGCCCCGACAGACAUCGACAGCCCAACAAACCUGGUGACUGACCGGGUGACAGAGACCACGGCCACCGUCUCCUGGGACCCGGUGCAGGCCGUGAUUGACAGGUACAUGGUGCGCUACACCUCCCCCGAUGGAGACACCAGGGAGGUUCCCGUGGGGAAGGAGCAGAGCAGCACCGUCCUGACGGGCCUGAGGCCAGGCGUGGAGUACACGGUCCACGUGUGGGCCGAGAAGGGGGACCGGGAGAGCAGGAAGGCCGACACCAAGGCCCCGACAGAAAUUGACAGCCCCCAAAACCUGGUGACCGACCGGGUGACAGAGACCACGGCCACCAUCUCCUGGGACCUGGUGCAGGCCGUGAUUGACAGAUACAUGGUGCGCUACACCUCCCCUGAUGGAGACACCAGGGAGGUUCCCGUGGGGAAGGAGCAGAGCAGCACCGUCCUGACGGGCCUGAGGCCGGGCGUGGAGUACACGGUCCACGUGUGGGCCGAGAAGGGGGACCGGGAGAGCAGGAAGGCCGACACCAAGGCCCCGACAGACAUCGACAGCCCAACAAACCUGGUGACUGACCGGGUGACAGAGACCACGGCCACCGUCUCCUGGGACCCGGUGCAGGCCGUGAUUGACAGGUACAUGGUGCGCUACACCUCCCCCGAUGGAGACACCAGGGAGGUUCCCGUGGGGAAGGAGCAGAGCAGCACCGUCCUGACGGGCCUGAGGCCGGGCGUGGAGUACACGGUCCACGUGUGGGCCGAGAAGGGGGACCGGGAGAGCAGGAAGGCCGACACCAAGGCCCCGACAGACAUUGACAGCCCCAGAAACCUGGUGACUGACCGGGUGACGGAGACCACGGCCACCGUCUCCUGGGACCUGGUGCAGGCCGUGAUUGACAGGUACAUGGUGCGCUACACCUCCCCCGAUGGAGACACCAUGGAGGUUCCCGUGGGGAAGGAGCAGAACAGCACCGUCCUGACGGGCCUGAGGCCGGGCGUGGAGUACACGGUCCACGUGUGGGCCGAGAAGGGGGACCGGGAGAGCAGGAAGGCCGACACCACGGCCCGGACAGACAUCGACCCUCCCAGAAACCUUCGUCCGUCUGCCGUAACUCAGACUGGUGGGCUGUUGACCUGGACGCCCCCCUCUGCUCAGAUUGAUGGCUACCUUCUGACCUACCAGCUCCCAGGUGGUACUGUGAAGGAGGUGCAGCUCGGACAAGGGGACCCGAGGUUCGAGUUGCAAGGCCUUGAGCACAGCGUCACCUACCCCGUCUCCUUGGUGGCCUUUAAGGGGGAUCGCUGGAGCAGGAGUGCAGCCACCACCCUUUCCACAGUUGGUGCCCGUUUUCCACACCCGUCGGACUGCAGUCAAGUUCAGCAGAACAGCGCCGCCGCCAGUGGCCUGUACACCAUCUACCUGCACGGUGACGCCAGCUGGCCCCUGCAGGUGUACUGUGACAUGGACACCGAUGGAGGCGGCUGGACUGUCUUCCAGAGGCGGAACACCGGGCAGUUGGAUUUCUUCAAGCGUUGGCGGACCUACGUGGAAGGCUUUGGGGACCCCAUGAAGGAGUUCUGGCUUGGACUGGACAAGCUGCACAAUCUCACCACUGGCACCCCCACCCGCUACGAGGUGAGAGUGGACUUGCAGACCGCCAACGAGUCCGCCUACGCCGUGUAUGACUUCUUUCAGGUGGCCUCCCCCAGGGAGCGCUACAAGCUCACCGUUGGGAAAUACAGGGGCACAGCAGGGGACGCUCUUACUUACCACAACGGAUGGAAGUUUACGACUUUUGACAGAGACAAUGAUAUCGCCCUCAGCAACUGUGCCCUGACGCAUCAUGGCGGCUGGUGGUAUAAGAACUGCCACCUGGCCAACCCCAAUGGCAGAUACGGGGAGACCAAGCAUAGUGAGGGUGUGAACUGGGAGCCGUGGAAAGGACACGAAUUCUCCAUUCCUUAUGUGGAGUUGAAAAUCCGCCCUCAUGGCUACAGCGGGGAGCAUGUCCUGGGCAGGAGGAAGCGGACACUAGGAGAAAAAUUCGAGAACUUUCUGACGGCCCAUCUGAGCAAUCAUCGCACGAGGCAAGACCAGCCCAGAGUUGGGGCUGCAUAAGCUUGGGGUGGAGUGGGGUGUAGUGAUUGGUUUAUGGAAGUUGGAGGGAUGGUCCUGGUCUCUAGUUCCUGAGAUGCUGGAUAACCUGCAGGACAAAGCAUGUCACUGAGCUCCACACCACAGAGGGUACUUCCCUGUCACCUGCAUUUUUGCCCAUCUAUGAGGUCAGACAAUUAAGUUCGUGAACUUGUUGUAACAAUGUUGCUAACCUUUUUAUUGAUAUCAGAGGGAUUAUUCCUUAUGAAUUUGU